GUUUUACUGACUGCUCACGAGAUUUACUCAUAGUCUUCUACUCUAUUGUAUCUUUCUUAUCACGAUUAUUGAAUUCUGCGCCUACGAUUCACGAGCUACGACCAAUCAGCUACUACUUCUACGGUACAUCGACCAAAAUAGGCGCCCUCUUUUCAAACCCGUUUCUAAGCCCCUCCACAUCGAAUCAAUCUUCAUCAACAGAGCUCUCUACCAUGGCCUCCCCGAUUGCGAGUAAGGUCUCCAAGCUCAACCUCAGCCCCGACUCCAAGCACGGCACUCCCCCUAAGCUCCGCCAGAAAACUCCCGCAAAGAAGACCCCUCCCAAGCUCCGCUCCCAGGAAACCGUCUCGCAAGCUGAAGAGCCGAGCGCCCCCUCUACCCCCACGCCCAAGGGUAAGGUCCCCCAGCUGCAGUCCGAACAGCGCGCCUCCCCCUCUCCGGCCCCCGAAGACGUCCAGUCGCAGGCGUCCGGAUCCACAAGCCAGAUCAGAAGACCUGCCUCCGACCUCGGAGAAAAGGCGCAGGACACUGCACAGAGUGUGACCGGAGAUGAUGUCGGCCCGAUUGACCUGUCCGUCCUGAAGGGGUUGCAGGUUGGUGAAGAUGGCCUGAUCCACGACCAAGAUGGGAACGCCAUUGGACGGCUGGUAGAAGGCCAGGCCGAACAUCUGACUGGAUACUCGGUCGGUGACAAUGGUGAGAUCUUGGAUGAGGAGGGGGAUCUCGUCGGUGUGGUCGAUGUCCUUCAGGAUGCCUUCCAAAAGGCCCCUGAAGACGUCCAGGAGCAGGCCGAAGACGUCCAGGAGCAGGCCGAAGACGCCCAGGAGCAGGCUGAAGACGCCCAGGAGCAGGCCGAAGAGACCACCGGCCAGGCUGCUAAAACCGUAACCGAUAUUGCCGAGCUUGCCGACCGUCCUCUUACGGACUCUGGAGAGAUCAAGGACGAUGAUGGCAACACUAUCGGCAAGCUUGUUGAGGGCAACCCCGAGGACCUGGCUGGAUAUGCUCCCAACCAGGAAGGUGAUAUUCUCGACGAUGAUGGUGAUCUUAUCGGUCGGGUCGAGAUCGCUCCCGAGGCUCAAGAAGCAGCCCAGGAGGCAGGCGAGGAUGCAGAGGACGCCGCCGAGAGUGUAGCUGAGACGAAGCCCAUCACCGAUAUUGCGGCCUUGGCUGAACGUCCUUUGUCGGCAUCGGGCGCGAUCAAGGACGAAAAAGGUCAGCCGAUCGGUAAACUGGUCGAAGGUAAUCCCGAGGACUUGGCUGGUUAUGCCCCCAACAAGGAGGGUGAGAUCCUCGACGACGAUGGAGAUCUUAUCGGCCGAGUCGAGAUUGCCCCUCAAGCCCGCCAAGGGGCGUCCAGUGUGGCUAGCUCGCGGAAAACUCCUAGCAAGCUAAGCCGCGAGGCUGUGGAGGAUGCGGAGCAGAGAGAUACUUCGACUGUUGAUGAAGCCAAGGAGUCUGCCCAGGGAUCUGCGGAGCCUGCGGAGGACGCUGCUGAUGCUGCCAAGGACGCGACCGCAGGGAUCUCUGAGGAGCCUGAGAAGCCUGCCGAGUCUGAGGAGCCUGCUGAUGUUACCAAGGACGGUGCCGAGGAGCCUGCUGAGGAUGCUGCAGAUGCCGAGGACGCUGAGGCAGAGGAGCUUCCUCCUCUUUCCACCCUUGAAGGUCUCAAAUGUAACAAGCUGGGAAAGAUUGUCGAUCGCCAAACCGGCAAGCCUAUCGGUGAACUAGUCGAAGGCGAUGCAAAGAAGAUCUCUAGACUGGGCGCCCAGCUUGACGACAAGGGCCAGUUCUGGGACAACCGCGGAAACGUUAUUGGCAAAGCCAAGACCCUUCCCGUCGAAGAGCAUCCCGAUGAGCCACCAUUUGGCGGCUUGGAGGGCCUUCACGUCGUUGAAGACGGCUGGGUAGAGGACCAGAACGGCAAGCGGGUCGGUAAGAUUAGCGAAGGCGAUCCGAACAAGGUCCUUGGACGCGCCGUUGACGAGGACGGUGACGUCUUGGACAAGAACGGCAACAUCAUCGCCAAGGCCGAAUACUAUGAGCCUGAGCCCGAGGAGCCUGAGCCUGAGCCUGAAGCUCCUGAUCUCUCGAGCUUGGAGGGCCUCACUCCGAACAAGCUGGGAUAUGUCAUCGGACCCAAGGGCGUCCCGAUUGGUCGCGUCGUGGAAGGCAAGGUGAAGGAGCUUGCCGGCAAGGAGAUUCACGAUGGCCAGAUCUGGGAUGGCCCCAAGCCCAUUGGACGCGUGGAGCUCAUCCCUCAAGGGGAGCGGGAAAAGACACCCGAAGGCCCUUUUGCUGGUCUGGACAACCUCAUCGUCAACAAGGAGGGGCUCGUGGAGGACGACGACGGAAACAUCGUCGGCAAGGUUAUUGAAGGCGACAUCAAGACCUUGCGUGGCCGCGCCGUCGAUGAGGAUGGCGAGAUCAUCGACAAGUAUGGCAACGUCAAGGGCCGUGCUGAGCCGUACGAAGAAGAAGUGCCCGAGGAAGAGGCGCCGGACCUGUCGAUCCUGGAAGGUAAGACGGUGAACAAAGCCGGCAACGUGGUGGAUGCCCAGGGCACGGUCUUUGGACGCAUCACCUCGGGCGACAAGCGUCUUGCUGGACGAAAGGUCGAUGGCAAGGGCCAGAUCUGGGGAGAUGACGGCAAGGUGAUUGGCACAGCCGAACUGAUUCCCGGGGCAGAGGAGCAGAAGCCCGAGGGCGCUUUCUACGGCUUCGAGAAUGCCGUGGUUGGCAAGGACGGUGUGGUCACGGACGGCUCGGACCGGAUCAUCGGUCGGAUUGUUGAAGGUGAUGCACAGCGUCUCCAGGGCCGUCUGGUCGAUGAAGACGGCGACAUUCUGGACAAGAAUGGCAACACCGUGGGCCGUGCUGAGCGCUGGGAACCCGAGGAGAAGGAACGCAACGUGAAUCCCAUGUCGGGCCGCAAGGUCAACCGCGAAGGUGAGGUGCGCGAUGCCGAUGGCAACCUUAUCGGCAAGUUGACCUCGGGCAAUCUCCCUUCCCUGAUUGGCAAGGAGAUCGAUGACAACGGCUACGUGGUGGACAAUGACGGCAACAAGAUUGGCGAGUGCACCUUGAUCGAGAACAUUCCGGAGCCGGAGCCCGAGGAGCCAGAGCCGGAGCCUGAGCUUUCCCCGGAGGAGCUGGAGGCCCAGAAGAAGUUGGAAGACGACAAGCAGUUGGCAAAGAAGAUGAGUGCUAUUAUAGGACAGACAUUGGAUCGUCUCCGUCCAGUCUGCAAGAUGAUUGCAGAGCAUAUCGAGAAGGCAGAGCGUACACCCAAGGAUGAGCUGGAUGAAGAGCAGCUGGUCAAGGAUGUGAAGCCGUUGCUUGAAGAGGGUAACGGAAUCCUCCAGGAGUGCAACGGUUCCAUCCGCUCCCUGGACCCAGACGGCCAUGUUGCUGCCACAGCCAAGGCCCGUGCUGCGUCUCACGAGGCAUCACCGGAAGAAUACGCAUUGGCUGAGCAGCUCAAGGAGCUGACCAACCUGGUGCUCACGACCAUUGACAACGCCAAAAAGAAGAUUGCAGGCAUGCCACAUGCCAAGAAGCAGCUCAAUCCUCUGUGGGCGCUCCUUAGCGAGCCCCUUGGUCAGAUCAUCACGGCCGUGGGAUUGCUGCUGACCGGUGUGCUUGGUCUCGUUGGCCGGUUGCUGCAAGGUCUGGGUCUGGGGCCGCUGGUGAAUGGCUUGUUGGGUGGACUGGGAUUGGACAAGUUGCUUGGCAGUUUGGGAUUGGGCUCAUUGACUGAUUCUUUGGGCUUGACUGGAAAGAAGAAAUGAUUGAAUACCUGUCAUUGCCUUUUUAUUCACACUUUGCAAUUCAUGUCAAAAUUGACUAAUAUUCUCG